AUGAAGGAGUUCUCCUACAGGAGCCCUCUCAUGGCAGCGUACUGUCAAGAUGUGUGCAAGUUAGAAGACAAGUUACGAGGGAUCGAGCUACAUCAUGUCCCACAAAAGGACAAUGAUGUUGCUAACUUCCUCACAAAAUUGGCACCUAGAUGGGGCCCACCUUCCAACGGAGUCUUCGUGAACGACCUCCAUGAACCAUCUGCCCGUGUCCGAGAGGACCCAACCCAGUCACGGUCCGAUUGCAUGCUCAGGGGCUCCGACCCUGAUGCCCCUAUGGUGACCUCACCUAGAAGCACUGACGUAAUGGCGCACGACCCAGCCAACUGGAGAGCGUCGUUACUCACCUACAUCCUCGAAGAGGUCCUCCCACUAGAGAGGAUUGAAGCACGACAAAUCACUUGA